AUGGAUCUUGCUCAGUAUAUCCACAUCCAUACAGAGGCGGCGGCGAGCAGAUAUGUUGGUGCUGCUGGUCUCCUUUCCCUAGUCUAUGACCAUCUCCUCACGAUAGACGACGAAAUCGAGUACGUCUGGAAGGCGAGAUGGACCGUACCCAAGUUCCUCUUCCUCUUAACAAGAUACUCGGUCCCCUUAGUUCUUGUCCUACACACGCUUCAGUUAGGGGGUAUGCACGACCUAAGCGCCGAUACAUUGUGCGUUAUCCUUCUGAUAUACGAGAUUGGCGUAUUUCAUACCGUUUUUCUUCUGUAUAGCUGCCAAGUAUGGUUCCUAAUCGCAGUAUGCCUCGGCAUCGUUUCGACAGGCACAGGAAACUUCCUGGUCCUGGCACGUCUAUGGGUGGUAUGGGGGCGCAACCGGUGUCGCAUCCUCUUCACGAUGGGCCUCUUCGUAUUCGCACAGUUCGGAACGCUUGUAUGCGCCAUCGUUGUCCUCGUCAAGACGAGUCCAUCCAUGACAUUUGAACGCGACCUCCGACUAUGCAAGAUCCAACGGCGGAGUAUUCUGGGCGCUUUAUACGCUCCUGCGGUCGUCUUUGACGGUAUGGCGCUGGUCGCUAUUUGCUGGAACGCGUUAUCCCAGCCAAGAGUUAAGCAGAGGGCGUUAUUGGAGUAUCUGAGGGGCGAUCAUUUUGUUUUCAUUCUCCUUCUAUUCCUCAUGAGGUUAACGAAUUUCGCGACGACGCUCUUCGGCCCACUCAACAUCGUCUUCCUCGGUGUAUGCUUCAUCUGGUCAAUAACCACCACCACUGUCUCUCGACUGAUCCUCGACCUUCGGAAGAACCCAGUCGCACGACCGGUUGUGGUAGACGACGUCAACGACACCUCAUACUUGAAGCUAUAA